AAACAAAGCAUAUGAAUACAAUUCAAAUCCAAGGAGGUCGCUAAUUUUAUUAUCAAUUGCAAUUUGUCAUCUUAAAAAACAUUAUCGAAUUCUCAGUUCAGAAAGCACAAAUACUCUUUUCCUAGAGGAACUUUCCUCUGAAUAUAACGGUAAGUGAGGCUCAGGGUACGUUUUUCAAAUGCCACAAGAUGUAACAGAUGAAUCAGGAGACGAAUACGCUCGGGAACCCGAUGAAGAGGGUGGAGAAGGGCGUAAAGCUGAAACCGACAUAAUUGGCAAAUACUUUGGAGACCGCAACGCACUCAGUGAGCGCCAUGGAAAUGGUUGGGCGAUACUCCCAAAUGGAGAUCAAUACGAUGGGCAAUAUCGACAUGGUCAGCGUCAUGGAGAAGGACUUUAUGUUUUUAAGAAUGGUGCACGCUACUUAGGACAUUACCGUUGUAGUUUAAAAUCAGGUUUUGGGGUGUUUUACUAUCCAGAUGGUAGCAAAUAUGAAGGAUGCUGGCGAAAAGAUCUCAAACACGGUGAAGGAACCUACACCUAUGCAAAUGGUGACAAAUAUAGCGGUAAUUGGUACAAAGGAAAACGACAUGGGUUAGGUGAAUAUUAUUUUGCUGAAGCUGACUGCUGCUUCAGAGGUACAUGGGUGAACGGUGUUCGUGUUGGACCCGCAGAAGUUCAUUACAAAAAUCAUACUCUGCACGGAAUUUGGGACGACAAGCAUCCUCAGGGCCCAGCGGUAUUCUCAUUCAGUUGUAAAUAUAUGUAUAAAGGUUACUACAAACUACUCCGUGAACGAAGUCCGAUAGGUGGUACUGGGCCAGAAGAUGGUGGUGAAUUCGGAGAGGGAGAGGAAGAGAUGGGUAAAGAUGAAUUCAAACUGGAUCUUGAGAAUGAAGGCGAGGGAGAAUUCGAUUUGGAUCAGAGAACUUCUACAACAUCUGUUCAGCGUGCUAUUCCACGCUGGUAUUGCCAAGAGCUUUUGCAAUAUGACUUCUCCAAAUUGCCACAACAGCCAAUACCUCUUCCUAUUUCCGAUUCUGAAGAGGAUGUUUGUGACCUGUCUUCGAAACCAAGUGCAGUAGAGCCCAGUGUUUACGAUUAUGAGGCAGAGCAAGUGCCAACGACAAUAUGUAGUUCCUCAACAAACACCAGUCUAUCCUGGUCUGGGGCCACUUCCCCAUGCGUAUCAACAACUCCUGAUAUCAGUCAAAAUUUCUUGCCACCCAACCCGACCAAACUUCAAACAGACUAACCUCUUUCGUCAUGGAUAUUUCACGUUGAAUACUCAGUGUAACAUUAUAUUUAUAUGCAUAAAUAAAUAAAUAAAACUUCA